UGACUGAACCCUUCACUCACUACAGAGAGUCGGCCAUGCUGCUCUGCACUGUGAUGGUGCUCUAUGCCCUUGGAGCAAAGGGACAAACGCCUUGCCAAAUACUGGGGAUCCCCGAGUACCCCCAGCUUUCCAAGAAAGGGGACAUCGUAAUUGGAGCAGCGUUCUCCAUUCACCGCAAACUCUCACUGCCAGCUCUUUCCUUCAGAAACAAACCACCACCUCCAUCCUGCUCCAGCUUAAACCUGAGAGAAUUCCGCUUUGCUCAGACCAUGACCUUCGCCAUUGAGGAAAUAAACAACAGCAGCAGCCUGCUCCCGAAUGUGACCAUUGGCUAUGAGAUCUAUGACAGCUGUAGCACCACCUUGGUCUCCAUGCGGGCUGCGAUGUCGCUAGUGAAUGGGCAGGAGCAGACGGCUCAGCAGUGCCCGGGCAGAGCGGCAGUACAUGCCAUUAUCGGCGAGUCAGAGUCUUCCUCGACCAUAGCAAUAGCAAGGAUCACCGGGCCUUUCCAUAUUCCAGUGAUCAGUCACUUUGCCACCUGUGCAUGUCUGAGUAACAGAAAAGAGUUCCCCAACUUCUUCAGAACCAUUCCCAGUGACUACUACCAGAGCAGAGCACUGGCUCAGCUGGUCAAACACUUUGGCUGGACCUGGGUGGGGGCUGUCAGGAGUGAUAACGACUAUGGCAACAAUGGGAUGAGUGUCUUUGUAGACGCUGCUCAAGACGAGGGUGUGUGCAUUGAAUACUCAGAGGCCAUUUUACGAAAUAAUCCAAGACAAAGAAUCUCAAGGGUUGUCGAAGUCAUUAAAAGGUCCACAUCGAAGGUUCUGCUAGCAUUUCUGGCUCAGGGUGAAAUGGAGGUCCUGCUGGAGGAGAUCAUACUUCAGAAUGUGACAGAUCUCCAGUGGGUUGCUAGCGAGUCCUGGAUCACUGCCCGAUAUCUAGCCACCCCCAGAACCUCAGCUGUGAUAAGCAGUGCCAUUGGCUUCACUAUCAGCAAGUCUAAGAUACCUGGCCUUAAAGACUUCUUGGUCAAAGUUAAUCCAUCUGAAAAUCCAACAAAUGCCCUGUUGAGAGAGUUCUGGGAGACUGCAUUCCAGUGCCAGUUCUCCCCUCCAAAUGGAACAUCCAGCAUCAAGCCUUGUACAGCCUCUGAGAAACUGGGAGAGCUGAGUAAUCAGUACACUGAUGUCUCAGAGCUGAGGAUCUCCAACAAUGUCUACAAGGCAACAUAUGCUGUGGCUCACGCCCUCCACAACUUACUGAGCCAGACUUGUAUGAGAAAGGAGGACAUUGAAGCAUCUCAGGUGAGGCAUUACUUACAACGGGUUAAUUUUACUACACCCAAUGGUGAGAAUGUAAAUUUUAAUCCCAAUGGUGAUCCAAUGGCAAGAUACGAACUAGUGAACUGGCAGAAGGGAGACGAUGGAGAAACAAAGUUUGUCACAGUGGGCUACUACGAUGCAUCAAUGCCUGUUGGAAAGCAAUUUGUAAUGAACAAUGCCAGUAUUGUAUGGGCAGGAGAGUCAUCCGUGAAACCCAAGUCAGUGUGCAGUGAAAGCUGUCAAGCUGGUGCCCGACAGGCCAUGAUUCGGGGCAAACCCAUAUGCUGCUUCUCCUGUAUCCCAUGUGCUUCUGGUGAGAUCAGCAACACAACAGAUUCAACUAAAUGCUUAAAGUGCCCGCUUGAAUAUUGGUCAAAUGAAGAUCACACAGAAUGCAUCCACAAGAAGGUGGAGUUCCUCUCAUUUGAAGAAACUAUGGGAAAACUGCUAACAGCUAUCUCAGUCAUGGGAAUUGGUUUAACAGCAGCGAUAGCAUUAAUCUUCUUCCGUUUUGUGGACACCCCGCUUGUCAGGGCCAACAACUCUGAGCUGAGCUUCCUGCUGCUCUUUUCCCUGACCCUCUGUUUCCUCUGCUCACUCACUUUCAUCGGCCGACCCUCUCACUGGUCCUGUAUGCUGCGCCACACUGCGUUUGGGAUCACCUUUGCACUAUGCAUUUCCUGUGUGCUUGCAAAGACUAUAGUAGUAGUAAAUGCUUUCAAAGCCUCUGUGCCUGGAAGUAAUGUUUUACGGUGUUCUGCACCCUUACAGAGGCUUAGCGUGUUUGGCUGUACUCUCCUGCAGGUGCUGAUAUGUACACUAUGGAUAGCAUUAGCCCCACCAGUACCAAACAAAAACACUGCAUAUUUCACUGAGAAGAUCAUUCUAGAGUGUGAUGUGGGGUCAGCAGUGGGCUUCUGGGCUGUGCUGGGGUACAUUGGUCUCCUCUCUGCCCUGUGCUUUGUACUGGCUUUUCUGGCAAGGAAGCUGCCUGAUAACUUCAAUGAAGCCAAAUUCAUCACCUUCAGCAUGCUCAUAUUCACUGCUGUCUGGAUCACCUUUAUCCCAGCUUAUGUCAGCUCACCUGGGAAGUUCACUGUGGCCGUCGAGAUAUUUGCCAUUUUGGCUUCCAGUUAUAGUUUGCUUUUCUGUAUUUUUGCCCCAAAAUGUUACAUAAUAUUAUUUAAACCUGAAAAAAACACACGAAGGCAUAUAAUGGGUAAAACCCAUGCCAAGUCCCAAUGACUAUGUAUCCUGUGUGUUAUCAUGCAGCACUUCAUAAUGCAAAGUCCUUGGCUUUGGCCCAUGAGAAAGCUGGUCCCUGAAAAUGAGACACAUGUAACUACUGUAGAAAAAAGCAUUAAGCAAUCCCCAGUCACGGUUAAGAAGUACUAUCCUGCAAUGCAUGAACGUCAUGUGAGCAGCAGAUUAGAUACAUCAUUUUAAAAAAGUGAUAAUUCAUAUAUUUCAGUAUCCUAACAAUGGGUCCAUCUAUUCUGCCCCUGCGCUUAUCUUACUCUGAUGGUUAUGAU